AGGAAGCGUCGUCACCUUGGGAUUGGGAUUCGGAGAGUAUCUCAAAGAGUCCUCUACAGAAGGAUGUUGGUCCUUCAUCUAGGGCUGUAGAUCAAAAAGGAAGAAAUACAGCAAAUGGACAAAUAGAAGGUUCAUAUCAUGAAAAUUUGAGUUCUUCACCACACAGUGACAGAGCAUCAAAAGUAUAUCUAAAAGAAGAAUUACGGCAAGAUACGCAAAAGUUUAAGAAUGAGGUAGACAUGUUACAAGUAGAAUUACUGUCUGUGGAGAAAGAAAAAGGUCUGCCUGAAAAAGAGAUUUCUCAUAGCCAAGAAAGAGAAAAAGAUCUACCCCAUAAGAAUCGCAUGUUGCAGGAAGAACUUGCCAUGGUGAGAAUGGAGAGAGACAAAAUUAAAAGUCAGAAUGAAGAAAAUGAAAAGAAAUAUCUAAAGGACAUGGAAAUUAUGAAAGAAAAGUAUGAUGACGUUUACAUGACUCUACUGCUGAAUUUGGAAACAUUAACUAAAACUGUGUCUCAGUAUGGUGAGAAGCUUUGUGUUCUCACAGCUGAGAAUGCAAUGCUAAAGUGUAAACUGGAGAGUGAAACACAAAACAAGGAAAGACUGGAAGAAGAACUUGCCUCAUGCCAUUCCAGACUGACUGCCGCUACACGUGAUCUUGAUGAAAGUGAGACAUCAAGAAAACACCUAGAGCUUGCUUUCUACACAGCAAGACACAAGUGGGAUCACUUACAAGACAAAAUGAAUUUUUACAUGUCGAAUCUAAAAGAAAACAAUGAGAUUCUUUCUGAAAAACUUUCUAAAGCAGAAAGUAAGAUCGAUAGCCUGGAAACGGAGCUCCAUCACACAAGAGAGCUCCUCCGAGAAAAAACGUUGUUUUUAGAAGUUGUACAAAGAGACCUAAGGCAAACACAGCGCCAAACGAAGGAAAUAGAACAAACGUAUGGCAGUGACCAAAGCAAAGUGAAUCCACACAUGGGCAAGCAGGAAUCUCUAGAGCAGAGAUUCUGUGAACUACAAAGAGAAAAUAUGUUGCUUCGACAGCAACUACAUGCUGCUCACAACAAAGCUGCCCAGAAAGACGAGACAGUAACCAAUAUCCAGGACCAGCUUCAGGAUAUUGUGAAACAAAGUCAAGCUGGCAGUGACAAGCAAAGUCUGCUUCUAGAAGGAAAACUUCAGGAGCUCACCAAUGAAUGUGAUCGUUUAAAAGAAACAAUGUGUCAUUUGGAAAAAGAGUCUGCAGAAAGAACAAUUGAUCAACAAAAACAAGCACUGGAAUUUCCAUGUUCAAAAUGUGGACGUCAAUAUGCAAAGAAUCAAGUUGUUCAGCCGGAAUCGUUACCUAAGGAAAUAAUCCAAGAAAGAUAUGAGAAAUUACAGACAAAGAAUAUGAGGUUGAAGCAAGCAAUAGUAGACCUCAAAAAUUACAUGGAAAGGAAUAUGGUAGACCGUCAUCAAGCUGACCAGUAUAAACAGGAGAUUAAAGCAAAAGCCGAACAGACUGUUGCAGAACAAUUCAAAAAAAUCAAUCUGUUUUUGCAGGCCUAUGCAGCACAACGAGAUAAGAGACAAGAAUUAAGAGAGAAAGAAGUGGCUGCAGUAAAGCGUGAGAUGGAACUGAAAGUUAAAUUUCUCGAAUCUAAACUCCACAAAAUGAAAAUGUAUCAAGAAUUUGAUAAUGUUGAAUUGCAAAAGAUAAGCUACUCUAUGAAGUUAGAAGGAGAAGCUAAAAAAUCCUUGGCAUGUGGACCAGAAACACUCCACACUUCAUUCCUGCAUCCCUGUGGAAGUGUCCAGAGGCAGGCUGAAACUGUUCACAGAAUAACCAAACCCUCCUCAACUUCUCAGGUUUAUGGCCAAAAUGGGACAGCCGUUUCAGUUCAUAAGCAAUCACUUGACAGAUAACUUUGGACAUACCUACUGCCCAAGGACCCCUGGGACUCCUACGAAGGAUGCCACUACGGUGAGGAGAGAGGAGACCACUCAUCGGUACUACAUGGCAGCGUAGCCUGGCAUCAGGAGGCCUGAGGAUCUGCAGGAUCUUGGGGUUUCACUUUCCACAUCGGUACAAUGAGGAUAAAAUGGCACCUGACUGCAUACCUGGAGAGCGUUUACAGAAAGCAUACUCUAUGGAGGAUGCCUGUGGAGGGGACACCAAGGGCCCGUGUGGGAAAGGACUUGACCGAGGCCUGCUGCCAGCUCUAGGUGCCUUUCACCGUCCCUCCAGCGACUGCAUCCUGGGAAUCCCAAAGCAGGAAUCAACAUCUCUCAAAGGGCUUCUUUAACAAACCAGUUUGUGAAAUGUUUAACUACGGAAAGCCUUACACAGCAUUUGCAGUCUUCAUCUGGUUGUGUUUACAUUAAAUCACCUUUGUUGCAAAGAAUAAAAUAAAAUGAAAUUUAAAGUGUUCUGGAAAAUUUGA